UUCAACCGCUCCUAAAAACAACCAUGAGGACCAAAGCCACCCUCCUCCUCCUCCUCAUUUCCUCUCUCCUCUUGAUCGAAGAUUCAAAUGCUGCUGCAAACUGCGGAGUUGUUGCAUCAAAGGCCGUAGCAUGUGUGGCCUUUGCUACAGGCAAAGUGCCGAAGCCGCCCAGCGCAUGCUGCAUUGGACUGCAGCAGUUGGCAAAGGGUGCAGCCACUGUUGCUGACCGAAGGGGGGUCUGCCAGUGCCUCAAGAUUGGGGUUAAGGCGUUCCCCGGGGUGCAGGAUAAGUUCCUUAGCCAAAUUCCUCGCUUAUGUGGGAUUAAAGUUGGAUUCCCAGUUUCUUUGAACACCAACUGUAACAAGAUCAACUGAAGCUUAGGACUUCAUGAGGAUAGAGGAGUUUCUGAACUAUAGUAGAUGAAUAAUGAAGGGAUUAGUGUAAAUCCUUAGUUUUAAGGAUGACGGUAUUUCAUGACCAUGAUGUAAUCCCUGAUCGUC